AUGCCAGGAUUUUUUUUCUCCAACAACAUGACUGAAUUAAACGGAAAAGAAGACUACAAGCUUGCAGAAGGCAGAAUCUAUAAAAAGAAGCAAAAGCCUUUUGGUGCAGAUCUCAAAAAUUAUUUGAAGUGCAUGGUACCACAUAUCGAAUCAGGGAUCAAGACUUCCAACUCCAGAAACGUCAGGCUUUCUGCAGAGGAAGUAAUACAGUGGUCCCAGUCUUUGGAAAAGCUCUUGGCCAGCCAAAGUGGUCAAGGUGUCUUUCGGGAGUUCCUGAAGUCAGAGUUCAGUGAGGAAAACAUUGAGUUCUGGUUGGCUUGUGAGGAUUACAAGAAAACCAAGUCUGAUCACCUACAUGGCAAAGCAGAGAGGAUUUAUGAGGAGUUUGUUCAGUCAGAUGCUAUUAAACAGAUCAAUAUUGACUAUCAGAUGAGGGAAGCAACAGCCAAAAGGGCUCAAGACCCAACUCACACAAGUUUUGAUGAAGCCCAGAAAACUGUGUACAUCCUUAUGGAAAGGGAUUCAUAUCCCAGAUUUUUGAAAUCCAAAGCCUACCUGAACCUUUUGACCCAGCUGCAGACCAACACUUCAAAAUGAAGUGUUUGAGGCAGUGAAGAGCCAAGUAGAGUUUGUGUCAAAUAUACCAUGGAGAGAUCCUUCCAGGGUGGUUGGAUCUCGGCAAGGAGAACCCUGCCUUGGGAGCAGAGGUAUGAGGGAGAUGCAAACAGCUCCACGGCCAAGAGAACGCAUGAUGAAAGCUGGCAAGACUGUUACAAGGGUGAGAGCAGCACAGAGGGGAGAAAAUCUUCUCCUCCCAUAUGCCAUGGAGUCAAGACAGGAUAUGGGUACUAUUUAUUGUUUGAACUGUGCUGUGAACACUGAACCAAGUCUUACAUCCCAAAGAACUGCUAAUUAUUAGAAAGUGCAA